CCUCGCUCGCUCAUUGGCUCCCCCGUCUCGCGCUCUUCCCUCUGUUUGUGUGAGGAGAAAGAAGCCGCGGCCUAGUCGGAGUCGUGAGGCGGAAGGAGGAAAGAAGGAAGGAAGGAAGCGGCCGUUUGAGAGGAAACACCGGCGGAUUGAGCGUUUGUGAGGAUCCCCUGCUUUUCUCUCUCUCCCUCUGCCCGCUUGGAAGGGCCCGCUUCUCCCACCACAGGCCUCCUGCGCUGAGAGGAAGGCGGAUGGCGGCAACAUCCGGGGCCUCUGGGGCGGCCGCAGCAGCAGCAGCAACAACGACGGCGGUGGUGGCGGCCCCGGCUCUCUACGCCUGCACCAAGUGCACGCAGCGCUACCCCUUCGAAGAGCUCUCCCAAGGACAGCAGCUCUGCAAGGAAUGUCGCAUUGCACAUCCUAUGGUAAAAUGUACUUACUGUCGAUCAGAGUUUCAGCAAGAGAGCAAAACGAACACAAUAUGCAAGAAGUGUGCUCAAAACGUGAAGCAGUUUGGAACACCAAAACCUUGUCAGUACUGCAACAUCAUUGCAGCUUUUAUUGGCACAAAAUGCCAGCGCUGCACAAACUCUGAGAAAAAGUAUGGACCGCCUCAGACUUGUGAACAGUGUAAGCAGCAAUGUGCUUUUGAUCGCAAAGAGGAGGGAAGAAGAAAGGUUGAUGGGAAGCUGUUGUGUUGGCUCUGUACUCUGUCCUACAAGAGAGUACUGCAGAAGACCAAGGAGCAGCGAAAGAGCUUAGGGUCUUCACAGUCAAAUUCCUCCUCCACAACCCUCACUGAGAAAGACCAGCAUCAUUUGAAACACCACCAUCAUCACCGCCAUCAUCACCAUCACCACCGCCACAGCAGCGGGCAUCACAAAAUCAGCAGUCUGAGUCCAGAACAAGAUCAGGGACUGUGGAAACAGAGCCAUAAAUCCUCUGCAACUAUUCAGAAUGAAACUCCAAAGAAAAAACCCAAAAUGGAAUCCAAGCCAUCUAAUGGAGAUAGUAGUUCUAUAAAUCAGUCAGCGGACAGUGGAGGGACUGACAAUUUCGUCCUCAUAAGUCAGUUGAAAGAAGAAGUGAUGUCAUUGAAACGCCUCUUACAACAAAGAGAUCAAACUAUUCUGGAAAAAGAUAAAAAGUUGACAGAGCUCAAGGCUGAUUUUCAGUAUCAGGAGUCAAAUUUGAGAACAAAGAUGAACAGUAUGGAGAGAGCUCAUAAGGAGACUGUGGAACAGUUACAGGCAAAAAACAGAGAGCUCCUCAAACAGGUUGCAGCAUUAUCAAAAGGCAAGAAGUUUGAUAAGAGUGGGAGCAUGCUGACCUCUCCUUGAAUGACUGUGGCUUUGCAUGGGUGUUAAUAUUCAAAAAGAUAAGUGACUCUGUGGGAAUGUCUUAAGAAGCUUGGUUAGUCGGGGGGGGAAAUAUUUUUGCACAGAGUAGUUGGCAUGUUUUCGUACACUUUUUUGUAACCGAUAAUGCAGUGGAACUUUUAAAAACCAGUUGGAUUCAAACACUUCAGCUGGCUUGAAGAAAAGGGUUUCUUUAAAAAAAAAACAUACUAAACAAUUUAUACUGGAGGGGACUUUUUGCUGGUGAUCAGCAAGAGUGCUCUUAUUUUUAGCCACAUCAUGCAAUAAUAAAGACAUGAAUGGCAGCAGCAACUUGAGGGAGAAUUCCACCAAGCACUGCCAUCGUGAAGUCUCCUCAAUUUUAAAUUGGAUUAAUACAGGGCACUUGAACAAGAACAGGACUUGCUUUGGAGCUGUGUAGACUCGCAUUUAAAAACAUCAGUCCCAUCCCUAUUCCAACAGGAAUUAGUUCACACAAAAAAGGGAAUCCUGGAUACCUGGCAGCUGUGCUUUUUAUCUUUCACUCUAAAUAAGUGAACCGUUGAAGAGUAUAUUGAAUCAUGGUGCUUUUUAUUAUCAGAAGCUUAAACCUAUAAAUAUAAAUGUAAAAGAAUUUUAAUGAUUUUAUUCUUAGUGACAACUGGUGUUUUGCAUUCCUUGUGAUAGAAAUUUAAAGAAAUCCUCUAUUGUAAGUAACAGAACAAAAUAUGGUUCUUGAAAAAUAUACUGUAGACUUCUCUCUCUUGCAAGUGCCUUUCUUCUCCCAACUGUUUAUUUAUAGGAUUGUUGAUAUUUUGUAUAUAAAGGGGGGUUUCUUUUCUUUCUUUUUUUUAAAAAAAAUCAUGUUUAAAUGUUUCUCCAUGUGUGUAUACGUGUAAUAUAUGUAAAGAAGAAUCACACGCUAAGAUCACAGGUGUUAGGAUGCUAGUGAAGGUGCUAUGAACUGGGAGGCAAUGGUUUUUUUAUUACUAUAGAUAAACGUAACAGACAUGUCUUUGUAGAGAGUAUUUGUCUUAACUGGUGUGCCUAAUUUAAUUUUCCUUUUCCAAACUGUAGGGCUUCUUUAUAUAUAUAUAUAUUCUUUUAAUUUAGCUAAAUUUGCAUUGUAUUUUUGGUAAAGUACUUUAUCUUGAGAGACGCAGGAACAGUGUUUGUAUCGAGGUGACUCUUCAAAUCUUUCUUUUUAGUGACACAAAGCCUUUAUUUAAAUGUAUGUGCAGACAUGCCUCUUCAGUUCUGUGUAGUAAAGAAACAUCAGCCCCCAUACAUAGAUGUUUUACCAAAAACUAGCGAUACAUAGUAAUUCUGUGGAAAUUAACUGGGGGCCUUUCCACACAGCCCUAUAUCCCAGAAUAUCAAGGCAGGAAAUCCCACAUUAUCUGAGUGUGGACUCAGAUAACUCAAUUCAAAGCAGAUACUGUGGGAUUUUCUGCCUUGAUAUUCUGGGAUAUAGGGCUGUGUGGAAGGGCCCUGGGGGUGAAAGAAAAAAAGUCUCCAGAAAAGCCUCUGAAGGCCUCCAAUGGAGAACCAAAGCCCCAGCAAGAUGGUUGUGUGGAUCAGGUGGGAUUAGUGUGGGCUCAAGCAACAUAUGCUCUGCAGGAGUUGGAUAAGGCUAAGGAAAGCAUCGUAUUUCACAAUAAAAAGCCAUGCAGAUGUGCCCUAAGUCAUUGACUCCCGGGGCUCCAUGGAAACAUAAUCAGUGGUGUAUCAGGUUACCCGAAGGAGAUGAGACCUUGUCUACUAUACCUCAGACUUCGAAAUGCAGCUGGAGUAAUACAGGGAUGUCAUCCCAGUUAGUUCAGGGCAGUUGUGAGUCUAAACUAGGCCUGCACAACGUGGCAGUACUGAGGAGACAAAAUUGAAACAGGCUCAACCUCUUUGGGCGACAAAUACGUUUUUAGCACCUAGAGCAGUGGUUCUCAACCUGUGGGUCUCCAGUUGCUUUUUUUAAAAAAAAAAUAUUUAUUGAAAUUUUUAGUUUACAAUUAAAAGAAAGAAAAUAAAGAAAUAGAAAGCAAACAAAAAGAAACGUGUGAAGUAAAUAGGUCUCCAGAUGUUUUGACCUUGAACUCCCAGAAAUCCUAAGAGCUGGUAAACUGGCUGGGAUUUCUGGGAGUUGUAGGCCAAAACACUUGGGCACCCACAGGUUGAGAACCACUAUUUAUUUGUCGUGUCAGGGCAACCAGUCAAUUAUAUUACACUUCUAACAGAACAAAGCAAACAAACAGACAAAAUACAAAAUUUGUGAGUUUGGUAGUUGAUUAAAUGUCCUUUGACCAGUAGCUGGCCACUUGGAGUGCUUCUGGUGUUGCUGCAAGAAGGUCCUCCAUGGUGCAUGUGGCAGGGCUCAGGUUGCAUUGCAGCAGGUGGUCAUGUCCCCUUUGAGAACCACUGACCUAGAGGUAAAAUGGCUGGAGAGGGGAAUGGCAGGCUUCAAUUGCUGCUCUGAUGUAGUGCUGUGUGUAUGUAACCUCCCUCUGCAGUUUAGACCAGGCACAGGCAAAGUUAGCCUUCCAGGUGUUUUGGACUUCAACGCCCACAAUUCCUAGGAAUUGUGGGAGAUGAAGUCCAAAACAUCUGGUGGACCUAUGUCCUAGUUAUUUCCUCAAAGGCAGUCCAUCUGAAAGGGAUGAGAUGUAUUGAAAGGGGAUUUGUAAUGUUCCCUUUGGGUGGUAAUACAGAUUGUUAAAAAUGUCACAGGUCAUUGCAAACAACACUGUUUUCACCAGCUUGAAAGAUCAACUUUUCCCAUACAUACCCUGCUGAUAAAAGGAUGCUGAAGUUACACACCCAGGAGUUAGUUGCACUUCAACUAACAUUGGCAUGAUUUUGGGCCUUCAGCUACCUACCUGAAAGAUCGGGAGGAUUUAUUCCCAAGAGACUACUGAAUAAUUGUAAUUUGAAAAGAGACAAAAAGCUGCUUUCUACAAUAUUGAGAUUUUUUAAAAAAAUAUAUGUACAAUUUGUAUAUUGUAUAAAUAUUAUUUGUUGAUUUUACACAACGAUGCAGCCAGGGCAAAACAACCUGCUGCAAUCCUAAGGGACUUGUUCAAAUCACUGAACACUUGGGUGAGUUUUAUAAAAUUCCUGAUGUCCAUUUCAGAGUAUUUUGAUACUUUUUCUCCCCCCAGUCGAAUGGCUACUUGUAACUGGUGGUUUUAUUAUGCUUAAAUUAAAGUCAUAGGAAAUUGAUUCACUUUCUGAUCAAGUCAUUUUCAGUGAAACCUGCUUAUGCUGCAACGAGGACAUUCGAGAGGAAGAGAGCUAAUGUUUCAGUUUUUUAAAGCAACGGAGUUGUAUAAAGGCCAUGAUGAGAAACCCAUUUACAGACAUUCAGUGUUUAGAAACAUUCUGGUUUUGUUUUUAUUUUCUUAUUAUGUAACCUCUCUAGCCUGGGAGUCUUAAAGGCUAGACACUAAUAAGUGGGAGUUUAAAGUUUAUUUUCAGAAUGAUUUUUUAAAUGGUGACACAUUGUAGUGACCACAUGCAUUUUAAGUCUGUUUUUAAACUGCUAGCAUUGAACAAUAAGCAUUUUGUUUGGGCUUGAGUUACUUAUGUGUUUCUUAAGCCUGUGAAUAUCGCAAUUUCUUUUUAGCUAGGAUGUCUGUGUCCAUUCUGAGGCGAAGUUGUUCAGGUUGCUCCAUCUGUAUAUACUGUUCAAAUAAUGUACACAGGUUGACAGUUGACAUGUUUUGUACUCUUUUUUCUAAACCCAAUAUUUCACAAUAAAAGCUUGGUUAAAACAUCA